UCAACAACCUUCACAAAUGCACAGCCCUUUAUUUACUUAUUUACGGCCGACUUAUCCUCCCGCCGCAUCUUUCAGAAAUCAGUGCAUUGGUGCCGAAAAACAUCGCCAUUUCUUUCUAUUUGCAUCUGCAGGCUGUCAGGAAGAGGCAAGGAUGGACACUCUAUCCACGUUGAUUUAGCGGAAAGUGACUUGCAAUGCAGAUUACAAUACAGCUUAACACAGUAAAAAACACGAGAUGAUCUCGAACCACAAAAUGGCUAGAAGAGUCAAAUUGGUCCCAGGCCGCAGUCUUGGAACAAAAACAGAAGUUGCUGGAAAAGCUCAGCAGGUCUGGCAGCGUUUGUGAAGAAAAAGUCAGAAUUAACAUUUCGGGUCCGGCGACCCUUCCUCAGAACUGGAAAACGUUUCGUUUUCAGGAGUUGCUGAACAUGAUCCACAGCUCCCACUCCCCAAAUAAUACUGGAUGAAGAUUACAAGAGGAGUUUCGUUCUCGGAGAGUUUGGCGCCCUUGGAUGGGCAGCAAGAGCCCCUGAUGAUUCCACAGUCUGCACGACAAUUGCGACGUCCAACAGAAGUUAUGUCUAUAAAGGAUGGGAGAAUUUCUGCAAAGAUUGUAAACGUGGCUGAACUUGAUCACUGUUUUGCAAAUAUUGUGGAUACAUUCAAUCAUCAACACAGCAAUUACAUAACUCUGUGUGAGUUCACAAGACUGUUGAAAGAAUGUUGUCAAUGCAACACACUCAUGGACUGUUUUCGAACACUUCAACAUGAACACAGAGAUUUUACAAUCAAGCUCGACAUGCAGGGCUACAAUUUUUCUCUUUCUGUGCAGCCCAAACAAUCAAUCCCAAAGCAACUUCUGCUUGCACAGCAGUAUACGAAGGAACUGUGUACUUCAACAAAAUCCAUAUUAGCAGCUGACCCUAAACUCCAGGAGAUGAUCAACUCAAUGCUACAGACUGAAGAUAAGCAUCUUGAAAUGGUGAAGCAUGUGAAUGAAUCCUAUCAAGAGCGGACUCGAUGUUUGUCGAAUGCCAAAGACAACUUCAUAGAAUUAAGGCGAGCCAAACAGUUUUCAAAUGUACACAAGGAAUUAGCCGAUAGGGUACUUAAAGACAUUGUGGGACUAGUGGGCAUAAAUGUAUAAAAGUUCAGAACUGAUAUAUGAUCAUACUUUGUGAGCUCAUGGUUACAAAAACAAAACACCAUGGAAUUUAGUAACCGUUUGGAUGUUGCCUCCUAUAACUAUAUUCAUUAUUUUCCUGCCCAAGCAGUCUCCUUCAUAGUAAUGAAUGCUUGCUAUGUCACACUAAUACAAGCUGAUUGAAAUUGGUGUUGGAUUUCAAAUCUAACCCACAUAAAAACAAUUCUUUAAUUCCCAUGUAAAGUAUUUCAUAUCCUGAACACAUCAGGGAUAGGGUGGAGAUUAAAUUUCCUUACAAGCUCACUAGCUGAUUUGAAAUAAUUUUGGAUGAUCUGUAGCAGCCUGUAAAAAAAUUACUUGCAGUAAACCUUCACUUAAAGUCUUGAUUGCAUUCCUGAAAAUGGCAACUUUAAGUGAAUCAUGAUUUCCCAUAGUAAUAAAUGUUAAAGCCAGAGAUAGGCUCCUUCCGACAUUUCUUGUCUGGAAUAAACAACGUACAACUUGAAAUACUGUACCACGCAUGCAGUACUGUGCACGCUUAACUAAAAUAACUUGUAAAAUAAAUUCAUUAAUGUAACAAAUAUUGUGUACAUUUAAAUUAAACAAAACGCAGCAGUCUCUCUUAAGCAAUAUCUCUGGAUUGGGGAUAAUUUGUAUCAAUUCUAACUGAAGGAUUAGAAAUGGCUGAUAAAUCCAAGACACAUUCUCCAGAUUCUACUCUGUGUGGGUAGAUGUUUGGAAGGUCUGUUGGAUGAGUUGCUUGGAGAUUCUUGCACUCUUCAUUGCCUUGACGUGAUCUCUGUAUGUCCCUGAUUCAGUCUUUCUGUUUUGCUCCCAAAUGAACCUUCUCCAAUUUUGGUUGGUUACCAUGAUAUCGCUUCUAGAACGACUCACCCUGCUAGUACUUAAAGAGGUAAUGUUUUGUACAUUUUGAUUUAUGUUGUUGUUGUUAUGACCAGAGAUUGUUCUCACUGUUGUAAGGUAAACACUCUAGCAAUUAGCAAUAUUAACUACUUAUUCUCCUGCCUGACAUCAUCUUAAAUCACCUAAUUUCACUGCUAAUCCUCGAUAACUUUGCAGCAGCAAGCUCAUUGCCACUAUUUACUGAGGCUUGUGGCCUGUUCAAAAGUUUCUAUAGCACUAAAUGACAAACGUGGAAUAAGGGGCUGAGGUCCCACCCAGAGGUUAGAAAAUAAAAUUAGAGUGUAUUGAAUUGGUGAUAAUAUACUGGUAUGGUUUGAGAAUUGGUUGAUGGACAGAAAGCAGAGUGUAGGAAUAAAUGGAUCAUUCUCCGGAUAGCAGGCUUUUACCGGUUCAGUACUGCAAAGAUCACGACUAAGUCCACAACUGUUAACAGUCUAUGCAAAUUAUGUGGGUGUAGGGACCAACUGUAAUAUUUCUAAAUUUGUUGAAGACUCAAAACUGGAAUCUAAGUUGUGAGGAGAAUACAAGGGGGCUUCAAGUGGUCAGGUGAAGUGAAUGGGCUAGAACUUAGUAGGUGGAAUAUUAAUAUAAAAUGUGAAGUUAUUUACGUCCGCACAAAAACAGGCAGUUUAUUUCUCAAAAUAAUGAGGAGUUGGGAAGUGCAGGUGUCCAAAGGUACUUGGGUGUCAAAUUAUCAAACAGAUGCAGCAAGUAAUUAGGAAGGCAAAUGGUGUCAUUCAUUGCAAGGGAUUACAGAACAAAAGAUAACUUGGUGCAAUUGUGUAGAGGCAUGGUGAGAUGUUUACUGACAUCAGCACAUGUACACUAUGUGCCACAUUAAUUUGUGCAUGUGCAUUUAAAUGGUUUCAGGAGA